AUGAAACUCGCAACAGUUGGAAUUCUCGCCUUGGCCUUUGGCCUUUCUGAGCCUCACGGCUACCUGAUGGAUCCCCUGGCCAGGACCUCACUUCAGUUGGAUGGUUCCUACCCUUACGAUCCUCCCUAUUGGUGGGACAACAAGGGGGUGUGGUGCGACAAUGUUCAACAAGAUCUUCAAUAUUCUCAAUGCGGACGAUGUGGUGAAGCCCGCGGAAACGGGGAUGCUUCUCAAGGGGGAAUUUACGAUAAAGGAAUUGUCGUUAAAACGUACUUCUCUGGAUCAAUUGUUGAAAUGAAGGCUGGCCUAGACAAUGCUCACUUUGGUCACUUCAAGAUAGAGCUGUGUCCCCAGGCAGUGGAGACGGACGGGUGUUUCCAAACGCUGCCGAUUGUCAGCGCUUCUCAGCCUUUUGGAAAUGACACGGUUUGCAUCCCAUUCGACAAUCCGGCCCCACCCAAUGACAUUGUCACAUUCCGUGUCCAACUUCCUGCCGGGGUAACUUGCACGAGGUGCACGAUCAGGUGGACUUAUCGGACUUCGUACCCUGCCUGGGCACCCGGACAGGGCGAAUGCUACAACCCUAAUCCUGCCCAAACUUUUAGGAACUGUGCGGAUAUCACUAUUUACUAA